CACGACGGAGUCGACGCACUGGAAGCUCGCCGUGCUUGCGGCGGGAGCUUCAGUAGCCGCUCGUACGUCGACCGGAAAACCUUCCACGUCGUUACAUCGCCCUUAUACGCGCCGUCGUCGAGGAGAUCGUAAGGGGUCCCGCGACCUACGCACCCCUCGAUCUUCCAUUUGUGAUCCAUAUUUUUUUCUUUUUUUUUCCCCUUCUCGUUUUCGACAGCUAAAGUUCAACGCGGACGAUUGUAAAGAAAAAAAAGAAAAAAAAAAGAAAGGAACAGUAUAUCAAGGAAUAAUAUACCAUAUAUAUAGUGCAGUGUCUGAACCAAUGGAUCGUCUCUCGCCUACGGAUCUUAUUGGAGCUCGAAAGUGUUAAUAUGAAGGCGGAUCUGUGACGGGUGAAUGAGCGCGCGCGCGCGUGUAUAUGAGUGCGUAAUCGCGACGAAAGCAUAUCGAAGCAUCAUGCGAAGUGCCGCGAGAUACCGAGUCGCGCGUUCUACCCGUUCCGCGUCGCUUCUUUGCGUCCUCCUGAUCGCCGUCACCGACAAAUCGGAGCGACGCGCAUCGAGUGGUUCUGAAGGAUGUACAGCCCAAUCAUACUGGCAAAUAUCGUUGCGAAGUCUCCGGAGAUUCUCCCUCGUUUAAUACUGUAAUGGUUUCUGGUUACAUGCACGUAGUUAGUCUGCCGAACGGCGAUCCGACGCUGCGGAUCGAGAAGCUGCGCUAUGCAGUGGGUGAUACUGUACGUGGAAACUGCACGGUACCAUCGGGAAAUCCUCCAGCCAACGUGACGUGGACUGUCAACGGCAAACCGGUGAACUCGAGCUUUGUUAUGAAUAUCUCUGAGAAAGUUGACGACAAUCAACAGCACUUGACGGUUGCUGGGUUGGACUUCGAGACAAUGCAAAAUAGCUUUAGCGAGAGCAGAUUAACGAUUAUUUGUCACGCAAAUGUCUUUCAUUUAUAUAAAAAAACAGCUGAGGUAUUUCUGAAGGAAGAACGUCCAAGAUUGGCUUCCGUAUUAGGAACACGAGAAUCAUCCUACGGUACGAUAUCCAUUGGUAGCGCAGCCAAGAGUACUGCAGAAUAUUUCUACGUCACUGCCAUGACCGCACUUUUGCUAUGCAACCUGAGAUAACAUCAAUGAGCUCGCAAUCUGUUUUACGCGUAUGAUUGUAUCGGGAUGGAGGGAGUAAAUCGUUUGUAAAAUUUUGAAAUUAUUAAAUGGGAUAAAACCUGGGAAGAGAUCUUUUGUUGAAAUAAAUACCAAGCGUAUGUUAUUCGUGUAAAUAGGAUAAAAAAAUUUAGCGAAUUAUCUACGUGUAUGAAAUCUACAUCCGCACCGCGGGUAGAUUUGUAAUCCGAUAACAUGUCGUAUUAUUAUGUAAUAGAUCGACAAGGUGUCGCGCCAAACUAUCGACGACUUAUUUGAAUAUUGUACCGUCUUUUCUAUCCUCUGAUAAUGAUUUUGAUACCUCCUCUGUAACAUUGUGGCCGUCGCAAUGGUCCUGUCAUGGUUAUAGGUAAACACUGUUUUUGUUUAUAAGUGAAAUUUUAUUUUAAUGAAAUAUGAAUAAACAAUUCACCUUCAUUAUUUUAAUUUUCAGUACCGAACCGAACAUCCUUUACUCUCUGCCUUACUUUCAGCAUAAGUAUUUAGUAAAUUAACACGAAUAGUUAAUUAAUAAAUUACUACUUCGAUCUUAUGUAAAAGUAAUUGUUAUAGUUAUAAAAAAAGCUUAGUGAGGAAUAUGUUCUAAUUUAAUUCUAACAAGUAUAUAUAUAUAAACAUGUAUUUCUGUACAAAAAUCCAUUGUAUAUUGAUUUAUCGAAUAGACAAAGUUGAAUAAAUGAAAUGCGACAGGGUGAUAUCACAAAA